CGAACCAGUGGUCUCGACCUUUUGCUCGAGUUAUACACAAAAGAUAUUCUUAAUGAGGACUACUCUCCGGCCCUUUCUUUGUAUAACAUAACGGUCAGCAAUAAAGUGGCCGGAAUUGGCUUCUUGACCAAUGGUGCGCCCCCUAAGCCUAAGUUGCAUCUCAACCAAAUCAACAACAAUGUGUACGACAGAAUUGCACUGGACUUCGGCACAGUUGCCAACAACGGCGCCGACGGCAACAAAAUGUCGGUAUUCUUUUCGGUAGCUUUGGUCAGGAAAAGCAAUAUGACUGCUGGCAGUAAACACUUCGUUACGGUCGGCGCUGAGUAUAAUCAGGGGUCUUAUGUAUGGGUCGGUGUCUCGCAAGUGACCGCAGAGACAAUACCAGCGGCUGAAGACCAAAAAUUAGCAGAUGUUAAUGUAAAAGGCGUUCCGACGAUAGCACUCGACAGUGCGCUCACAUUUACCGCCGAAGCCUUAUUGGAGUUUCGUUCAGACAAUAUAAUACUGGAGAUGUGGGGGCCGUCGCACGCGUAUGAGCCCAACAACGUUAUAGCGAUGGGACAAAUCGGUGUGAAUGAGUUUGGCUUAAACUACCAGUCGGUGCCAAAUCAACCGCAACACUAUCUCACUAAACGGAUUGAAAGCCAAUCGAGGCUUUCGUAUCAAAAAGCAAUUCUUGAUAUGGGGCUCAUCACCAAUACGGGCGAAAAGGUAGGCAAACCCUCGGCUGACAGUAAUAACAAACUGGUCUUUACACUCACUGUUUACGCGACCAAUAAUAAAGAAAAUGUUGGCAAAGAAGUGCCCAUUAAUAUGCAAAUAACUAUUGGAAACAAUACGGUUUGGAAACAGACUUUUGAUGUAAAAGUUACCGAAAGAAAGCUCGAGAAAUCUGUGGCACGAAUGUUGGUCUCAAAUGCAAAUUACUAUCCAUUAAUGGGAUAUCAGGGAAAUCUAAUAACACUCACAUUAAAUACUGAAUUCAGUGAAUCCAAUACUUUCACUGACUUUUCAGUGGUGGUCGAAGUGCCGACCGCUAGAAAACUGGCACUUCUGGAGCCCUGUUCUGCCAGACUUGUCAAAGAAGAGACCGGUAUUAACAUCCCUUACGUCGACUCCAGACAAAUAGAGCCCACACUUGAAGGCAAUCAAUAUAUUUUCAAUUUCGGGAGAAUUCAACUCAUAAAACAACGCUCGCCGUCGAAGAAGAAUGAGAACACUUUAGUCACACAAAUCAUCCUUAAGAUCGCCUUUCAUGAAGAAAACAUUGAAGGCAAAGCCUUAUCGGCAAACGUUAAGACAAUUAGUGGCGUAAAAUCAAUUAAAGUAAAGUCAGAGGACAUUAAAAUUAUUGCUGAGAAGAAGUCAGCGCUUCCGGAGAUUGGUGUUAGAAAAGUGGUUCCUUGGGAUGAGCUGUAUGUCGACGGCGCGAUGUCUGUCAAUAUAGACAUGCAAUUGCCGACCAGUGCUGCCUAUGAAGGCGUUAAACUGGAAGUUCACGGAAACAACGAGACGGCACUUAAUUUGCCCGAAAUAAGUAUAUGUCGUCUGGAAGUGACACAAGUCGGACAAUCGAUGCCCUGUUCUUGUGUUGGCAUUGAAAACACUAACAAAAACAAAGUUUCGUACGAAAAACAUAACAAUAAGAACACAACUCUUUACGAUUACUCUGCCAUAAGUGUUGGCGAUCUGUCCGUCCGAUCGACACCAUCGCCACAAUCGGAGCGAAAUUAUAACUUGAAUUUUGUGGCCACUAUUUUGGACGGAAGUUACGUUCAAACGGGCGUUAAUUAUCCGUUUUAUGUCGGCCUCACUAUUGGCGCGGAUCUCAUUUGGUCCACAAAUAUGACAUUUCCCAUGAAAUUAGAGGCGCCGCAGGAUAUGCCGUCCGGAAUGACACCAAAAUUAGUGUCCCAUUUGAAGGACAAAUCGCCAAUUAAUCCGGGAUUUACCACCGAAGCUAUCAUUAGACUGGAAACACCCGUUCAUACGGUAACCAAUUAUUCGCUGGAAGUGUAUCCCAUAGACGAAGACGUGUCCAUUUGUGGCGUUUGGAUCACACAUAUCGGUCGGAAUAUGCCGUGUCUUAAUCCAGACAUUAAAGCCGAUUAUGAAAUGACACGAAUCGGCGAGAAUAACAAAGCGGUCAUGAAUUUCAAAAAUGUGGCCAAUACUGGACCUAAUUAUCUGAUGUCACCGGAAGAUGAGAUCAAAGCCAAUACCAUUGAAUUGACGGCAAUGUUUAGAGUGCGCGGAAGCGCUAUAAGCAAUAAAAACAUCCAAUUUAUUGCUAAAUAUGGACAAAACGAGUUGUCUGUAAAAAGCAAACUCGAAAUACCAGUCCUUAAAAGUUCGUCUAAAAGUAUCAAAGAAUUCAAAUCUCCGAAAGUGUUUACAUUCGAUACGAGUGACGGGUCGAGGAUUGCAGGCGUCGGCACAUCAUCUCUGCUAACGUUUGAUAUGGAGUUGGAGGCCAACAGUCAGGCGCCCAUUAGAGCCGAACUCAUCGGUAGUAAAGAGUUUGAGAUUUGCGACGCGAAUGUCAUCAAAAUUGGGUCCAAUUAUCCGUGUUUUUCGCCCUUUGAUCUCAAGAAACGCGAUUCGGUUUUUGAUUUGGGAAUGAUUUGCAACACAUUUCUUAAUAGGGAUGACAUCCAUGAAAAUAGGGUUCGUUUGGCAGUUGCCGUCAGAUUUCACGAUAACUUGAAGGUCGGCCAAAACGUGAGACUCGUUGGACAGGGAUUUGUUGGCAAUUCAUCGAUAGGAAAGCGACAAAACGUUGAUUUAGUGGUCGCUAAAGACGGCGAACAGACCUUAUCUUUAAUAAGCGACGCGAAGAUUGCGCCCAAAAAUAUGACUCCAUUCGCGGCAAAGAUCAGGAAUAAGGUAUGGAUUGCAUUCAAUCUGACAAUUCCGCCAAAAUCUACUCUCAAAGUUGGCGUUGAAGUGCGCGGAGCUGUCGAAGAGAAUCGGGCGGUCAUUACAGUGCAUGGCUUAAGAAUCAGAUCUGGAGGAGUAAACAUUGCGUGUCCGAUGGCUAACGCGAAUCCUGUGCUUAAAUUUGAGUCGAGUGUUGAGAACAGCCAACACGACAUCGUAAGCGCCGAUUUGGGAUUUCUGUCCAAUUUUGGAUUCAGUCACGCGUUUGGCAGCGCUUUGCCCGGAGAUGACGACAUCACUGUUGAAGUAUUGGCUCAAUUCACUGACCAUCCGAUUACUGAUGAAAAUUCUGAUCACAUCAUCAAAAUGACAGCCAUUUUUGGCGAUUCUUCAGACGCUCACAGAAUAAGUGCCGCAAAAUAUAUGCGAGUUUUAAGGACUCAUUCCGAGCGACCGAUCAUUGAGACGGAAAUAAUAAUAAAUAAUUCAACGAUUUAUGACCGAAAGCAAGUGAUAGAUGCGGUCGCUAUCAUAAAGCACUCAAACGCGUCGACUGGAGAACCGGCCAAUCCAUCCCUUCGUCUCUUUCUUCCUCCGUAUAUAAAGUUUGGAAGAAUUCUUUCAUUCAAUACAAAAGAUCAGCCGAUUGUUCAAAACAACACAAUCGGCGCUACCGUUGAUAUUGUGUUACAAUGGAUUUUGUUUCCGGACGUAUUUGUGGUAAAUUUCACUCUUAUUGUGGAUCCGGAGAAUCAAAGAGGGUAUGGAAAGAAUGAAACAUAUGUUUCGACGCCUUAUAGAAUGCUCUGCGAGCACUUCCGAGUGUCGGUGUCUUCAAAGUUCCCGUGCAGUCAACUCAAAGACUUUAUAUUUAGAGCCAAGAGUUCGGAGUGCGAUAAUGCGUUAGGAAUGGGAAACGGAUUAAUAAAAGAUUGUCAGAUAAGCGGUUCGUCGGCGGUUAGCGCUAACUAUGCGCCACAUUUCGGUCGAUAUAAUUCAGGCAACUUUUGGGCGCCUUCUAUAAGGUUUUGGUCUCAGCGACAGUACCUUCAGGUGGACUUCUUGAGGAAGACUCGCGUCACGAAAGUAGUGGUUCAGUCCCUGAGAGGCAACCGAAAAGUGAUGGCCUAUACAUUGCAGGCCAGCGAUAAUAACAAGAUUUGGUUUAGCGUUAACGACGUCUCGUAUUUAAGUUAUUCCGAAGGCUUUGCCACUGAUUUCAUUCAACGACCACAAGAGGCCCGAUAUUAUCGAUUUCUCAUCGAAGAGGCGUCUGAUACUAACCGCGAAAACGAUCAGUUCAUUGCCGUAAGGCUUGAAUUUUUUGGCUGCUAUUUGGAAGGCGACGACACGACCAACAUGACGUGUACUGACAAACCAAACACAUGGUUCUCCGACGCCAGCGAUCGACUCAAUCGACACGUUUCAGCCGAUCCUUACAAUCAUGUCGUCUAUUUCUGUGAUUCAACAUCUGAUAUGAAUCAACAGGUUUGCUAUUACACCAACUCCGGGGGCAGCACUUGGAAUAUAAUCGGCCGAUCGAUUGACACCAUUGAAGGCUACGAUCUGGUGUCGGGAAAGAUGUUCGCAAUCGAUUCCGAGAGACCUUCUUAUCUGAGUACUAAAGAUGGCUUGAGAUGGACCCCAGAAUCUUACGAGACAUUCAACCAGACUGUGUCUCAUCACAAAUUUCAACAUAAAAUAAUAGUACCAGGGUUGAACAAGGAAGGCAUCCGACGCAUGAAUAUCAAAGGCGAAAACUGGAAGGCACUUCACGACGGCUUAUACUUCGAGGACAGCGCUGUUCCCAAAGCCUAUUGGAAUAAAUGCUGCAAAAUUUGAAUCAAUAUAUUCUCGGA